CUGGGGCCGGAAGUCAACGGGGUGUCAUGGUGGCGGCGCUGUAGGGGAACGAGGAGCCGAGGGGCGAGAGCGGGGGCCGAGGCAGGGCCGGACAGGGCGAGCGCUGCCGGCCCCGGGAGCAGACGUGUCGCAUCGCCAGCGCUCGGACUGCUGGAGGAGCGGAGCCGGGAGUGAGCGGCGUGGGCUGGAGUGGGCGCUGGGGCAGGGCAGGGCCUGCCUCUCCCCUCGGCCCUCUCUCCCGUCGCCCCCAUUCACUGCAGGAGGAUCGCCUGGUUACUGCCGGGGGAAGCAGACGGACGGCGCGGUAGAUGAUUGCUUCUGUGGACAAGGUCCUGUUAUCCCAAAAGCUCCUCAUCCUAAGUAAACUUUUCGGCUGUGUUGAGUUCCCGGGAAGGACGUAGUUAACCACACCUUUAUUUCACUGAUAAUGGAUGAAGAGAGCCUGGAAGCGGCUAUUCAGACCUAUAAUGCCCAACUGCAGCAAGUGGAGCUGGCGUUAGGGGCAGGCCUGGACCCAUCACAGCAGUCGGACUUGAUUAAGUUGCAGGAGGAUUUAAAGCAACUGAUAGAACUGACUGAAUCCAGCCUGGUGUCUGUUAAAAAGAGCAAACUUCUGUCCACUUUAGAUACAAACACCUCCUCCUCCCCAGCAGGUCUCCUGGAGCAGGGCCCCAACCCUGACAGCUCUGCCCAGGAUGAGGAGUACGCUGCCUUUAAGGAAGCCAUUGCUGAGCUUGGAACUGAGGAGAGGGCUUCAGGGAAUAAUGAUGAGAUAUUGGAGAGAGAUGAAGAAGGUGAUGACAAAAAUGAAUACAAGUACAGUGAAGAGGAAGAGGAGGAGGAGGAAUUGAGUGGGAUGAAGGUUAAAGCCCCCUACUACAGUUCCUGGGGAACCCUGGAGUACCACAAUGCCAUGAUUGUGGGGACAGAGGAGCUGGAAGAUGGCAGUGCCGGAGUCCGAGUGCUGUAUCUCUAUCCGACUCACAAGUCUCUGAAGCCGUGCCCGUUCUUCUUGGAUGAUAAAUGCAGAUUCAAAGAGAACUGUCGGUUUUCACACGGCCAGGUGGUCUCUGUGGAAGAGCUCCAGCCGUUCCAGGAGCCCAACCUGAGCGCACUGGAGGUGGGCUCGGCCUGCCUGGCGAAACACAGUGAUGGGAUCUGGUACACGGCCAAGAUAACUGACAUUGACAGUGGUUACUACACCGUCAAGUUUGAUUCCCUGCUGCUGAAGGAAGCUGUUGUGGAAGGAGAUAGCGUCAUUCCCCCGCUGCGAAGUGAAGAUGGUGCAGAAUCUGCCGAGUCUGAUGAGGACAGUGCUGAUGAUUCUGGUUACGCUAAAGUGAUAGAUUCGGGAGUUCCAGAGAACGGGGAAUGGACUCCAGCGUGCAGUUCCUCUUUCGGUGGCUGGGAAGCCCACACUCGUGGUAUCGGCUCCAAACUGCUUGUUCAGAUGGGAUAUGAGUUUGGAAAAGGGUUAGGGAAGAAUUCCGACGGCCGAGUGGAGCCGGUGCAGGCUGUGGUACUUCCUCGAGGGAAGUCCCUGGACCAGUGUGCCGAGGUGCUUCAGAAGAAGAAGCAGGGGAAGCUGGACCCAGGCAAGCCGAGGAAAUGCCGAGCGAAGGGAAACAACUCUGGACAGUCCCCUGCGGGCGGCCGAAAGCCUCGCCAUAAUGUGUUUGACUUUUUGAAUGAGAAGCUGAGAGGGAAAAGCACUGGGGAGAAGGCUGGAGGGAUGGUGCUGCCAGAGAGGAACAGCAAAGAGAUCUACCACGCUAGCAAGAGCACCAAGAAGGCCCUCAGUGUCCGCCUCUUCCAGACAAUGGAGAAGAUUGAACAAACACAGAGGGAUAUCAGAGGAAUCCAGCAGGCCCUGGAACGCAACAUUGGACGGCACAGCAUUGCUACAGCUCAGCUGGAGGAGAAGCUGGCUAAUGCACACAAACAGCUGGGGCAGCUGCAGGCCCAGGAAGCCAGUCUGCAGCGGGAGCAGAAGAAAGCAGACACACAUAAGAAGAUGACUGAAUUCUAGUCUCCGAGGAAGGCGUUUGUCCUUCUAGCCAGCCUCGGUACUCGUGGCCUCAGCCCAGGUGAGCCAUCCUGCUCCUCCAGGCCUCGGGCUGUCCAGCCUGAAAACCGUGCUGAAAAGCAGCAGUUUCUCAAACUGGAUGCUUCUGAGCUCUGCUGGGAGCAGGAGGAGCCCACAUCCGUCCAGGCCUGAACACGUUCAGUAACCCUGAGCCUCGUGUAAGGACUAAUGACAAGAAAUACGAUUCUCUACUGUCUUGCACACAUCUUUUCUCUGUUAUCGCUGUGGUAGCACCUCCAUCCAGAGCCUGUAGCUGCUCGGGUGAUAAAGUUGCUGGCUACGACCCAGGUAAGGAGGGGCUUUGAAAGCCCCACAUCCUGCUGUCAGCUGUGGCUUGCGUUUGCAGCCAACUGACGAACAGGAGUGGAGGCAGGGUCCCGAGCACAUUCCGGCGAAGCAGAAAAAGCUUGUGCUGGGUGAAAACAGCACAGGCAGAUGGCUUCAGUUGCUCUCUGCCUUCUGGGUUUGCUGUGGGAUUUAUCCAAGAACUCCUAUUUUUUGAGGAGCAGUUCCCUGUGGUCCUAGUGUAAGGAAUUGACAGAAAUCUGGAAGCUUAGAAGAGGGUCCCAGUGGCCACAAGCAUAACAUUUCAUCAGUUUGGCUGUGAGAGUAUCCCUAGGACACGGACUUGGUAUGGAAGGCUGUAUGGUUCCACAAAUAGAGUGCCAAAGCUGGGGGCGUAAAGACAGUGGCGUAAAAGGUUCUUAAACCUCCUGGCUAGGAACAACUUCACAGGGCGCCUUGUGGUUUUUGCCAUCAUUACCUGAGUGUUUCUGUUCUGAGUAGCUCGCAGAACACAGGUCCUUUCAUUAAAAAGCCCCAGGACCCAGAUCCAGGUCAGACCAGGCCCCGGAUUAGCACAAAGAGUGGAAGGUCUGAACGUGCCCACGUGCAGCCCUGUCCAUGAGAGAGCUUCAGGCUAGGCUGGAGAUAGGCCAGGCAAGCGAAGUGCCCUUCCCCGCAGGGUGGGGUGUCUUUGGGCAGGAAGGAUGUCUUCUGCCCUAGGUUAUGUUCUGCAUUAGUAGCAGAUGGUCCUUGCUCCAGAGGAGACACUGAUUCGGUCAGACUGUUUCUGGUGGGUCUUAUGUGUUGUAAUUGCUUCUUAAAAAAAACUUUGCAAUUUCAUGCCAGUAUCUCAAGGACACAUUUUUUGCUUAAUUUAAGAAAUCAGUUUCCUUUGAUUUCAUGAUUCAUUUUU